AGUGCAGCUGCGGCGUUACGAACUUCUGCACAUGGAGCGGGGGAGAGUUGGAAGAGCUUCAUACUGCAAACUCAAGGAAUAGCAGAAUAUCUGCAUCGAAUGGAGACAGAGGAGGCCCAGGAAAUGACCCAGCUGUCAGGCAGGGAAAGCCCCCCUGCGAACGAGGUGUCGGAGGACACGGACGAGCCUAUGCCCGUGCCGGAGGACCUGUCAGCAAGUGCCGCUCAGCAGCAGAACAGCAAAGCCAACAAAGGGGUCGCCAGUAAUAUAAAAGUAGAGGCUCAGAGUGACGAGGAGAAUGGGCGCGCCUGUGAGAUGAAUGUGGAGGAGGAGUGUGCGGAGGACUUGCGCGUGCUUGAUGCCUCGGGAGCCAAACAGAACGGCUCCGACCUGGUCACCGACAGCAAGGCCUACUCCCCCUCUGGGGGCAUCCGUCUGCCCAACGGGAAACUCAAGUGCGAUAUCUGUGGGAUAGUUUGCAUCGGCCCCAAUGUACUGAUGGUUCACAAGCGCAGCCACACGGGAGAGCGGCCAUUUCAGUGUAACCAGUGCGGGGCCUCCUUCACGCAGAAAGGCAACCUGCUCCGCCACAUCAAGUUACACUCAGGGGAAAAGCCCUUCAAGUGCCACUUGUGCAACUAUGCCUGUCGCCGUAGAGAUGCCCUCACUGGCCACUUGCGCACUCACUCCGUGGGAAAACCUCACAAAUGUGCAUACUGUGGACGGAGCUAUAAACAACGAAGCUCACUGGAGGAGCACAAGGAGCGCUGUCACAAUUACCUGCAGUGCAUGGGGCUCCAGAGCAGCAUCUAUUCAGUAGUAAAGGAAGAAAGCAACCAGAAUGAGCUGAGUGAAGACUUAAGCCAUACCGGAACAGAGAGAGCCUUGGUGCUAGACAGACUAGCUAAUAAUGUAGCCAAACGUAAGAGUUCUAUGCCACAGAAGUUUGUGGGUGAGAAGCGUCUGUCGGACCUGUCGUUUGACAGCACUUCCGGUGGGUUCAAGGAGAGCGAGCUGAUGCAGCCACAUGUCAUCGAUCAGGCCAUCAACAGCGCCAUCAGCUACCUGGGGGCAGAGUCCCUGCGCCCACUCGUCCAGACAUCUCCUGCCUCCUCCUCUGAUGUGGUCAUCAGCCCCAUAUAUCCGCUCCACAAGCCCCUGAGCGAGGGUCAUGCGCAUAACAAUGGCCAUGCCCUGUCAGCCAAAGACAGCGCUGCAGAGAACCUUCUCCUGCUCUCCAAGGCCAAGUCAGCCUCAAGCGAGCGGGAGGGGUCCCCGAGCCCCAGCGGCCAUGACUCCACUGACACCGAGAGCAACAACGAGGAGCGGCCAGGAGCUGGUGGCACUGGCCUCAUCUACCUGACCAAUCACAUUGCAGCAGGGGCCCGAAAUGGGGGCAUGCCCCUGGUGAAGGAGGAGCAGCGGCAGUUGGAAGCCCUGCGGGCUGCUGGCUUGGAGCUGCCCUCUGAUGGCUUCAAGGUGGUGAGCAGUGAUGGUGAGCAAGUGCGAACAUACCGCUGCGAACACUGCCGUGUCAUCUUCCUCGACCAUGUGAUGUAUACCAUCCACAUGGGCUGCCACGGUUUCCGGGACCCCUUCGAGUGCAACUUGUGUGGCUACCGCAGCCAGGACCGCUAUGAGUUCUCCUCACAUAUCACCCGUGGGGAGCAUCGCUACUAACCUGCCUGAGAGCACACACAUAUGCACAGAUACAUAUACAUAUACACACAUGCACACACACUCAUACACAUACAU